GCACUAACGGGCAUGCAGAAGUGCGCAUGCGCAAGACAAUGUUCCAGAGAACCGGACUAAAGUGCGACACGGAUACAAUCUGGCAACCCCGAACAGGAGGCUUUUCUGCUUCGCAAACGUGCGCCGUCGCGAGACCGAAAGCACUGCCUCUGCCUUCUCUCUCUCUCUCUCUCUCUCUCUCUCUCCCUCCCUCCCUCUUUCGCUCUCUCUCUCUCUCUCUCUCUCUCUCUCUCUCUCUCUCUCUCUCUCUCUCUCUCUCUCUCUCCCCUCGGCUCUACGCACAACAUCCCUCUCGCCGCGGUGUUAUUUCCUUGUUUUAGUUUCUUUAGUGCGCGUUAAACAUGUCGCUGAUGGAGGAAUACGCGGAGGAGGAGUACGAACGCGCGCCGAAGCGCCUCAAGACCUCGGAGGUGGAGGAAGGAGAGGAGCUGGAAGAAGGCGAGGACUCAGACUCAGCAUCCGCCGGGCUGCUAGGAGACGAAGAGGAGGACACGCGGCGCUCCGGAGGAACGCAGGACCGGGCCCGGUGGAGCAGCGCGUCCUAUGGCACCAAAUCCGUCCGAAAGGAUAAUGGAGAUGAGACCCACAGGAUUGCGCCGUCCCCUGUGGUCCAUGUUCGGGGACUGUGUGAGUCGGUGGUGGAAGCUGACCUGGUGGAGGCCCUGGAGAAGUUUGGAAACAUCUGCUACGUGAUGAUGAUGCCGUUUAAGAGGCAGGCUCUGGUGGAGUUUGAGGACGUCGAGAGCGCUGACCGUUGCGUGGCGUGUGGCUCCAGAGAGGCUGUCUACAUCGCGGGACAACAAGCCUACUUCAACUACUCCACCAGCAAGCGCAUCACACGGCCCACAAACGCAGACGACCCCAACAGUGGAAACAAAGUGUUGCUGCUCUCCAUUCAGAACCCACUCUACCCCAUCACUACAGAUGUUUUAUACACAGUGUGCAACCCUAUCGGCAACGUGCUACGUAUCGUCAUCUUCAAGCGCAACGGAAUUCAGGCCAUGGUGGAAUUUGAAUCGGUCCAGAAUGCCCAGAAGGCCAAAGCGGCCCUCAACGGAGCCGACAUAUACGCCGGCUGCUGCACACUGAAAAUCGAGUACGCUCGGCCCUCACGCCUCAACGUCAUCAGAAACGACAACGACAGUUGGGAUUACACCAAACCCUUUUUGGUCAGACGAGAACGUGGUAAAGGUAGACAGAGGCAGGCCAUCCUGGGGGAGCAUCCGUCCGCCUACAGCGACAACGGUUACGGGUCACACUGCCCCCUGCUGCCUCUGCCCAGUAACUCCAGGUUCAAGAGGAGUUCCCACGAAGUGCCCGAUGUUGUAGCCUACCCUAUCCCCCAGACCUCCUCCUACGUUGGCCACUCCUCCAGCUCUGUUGCCAUGGUGAGCGGCCUGCAUCCCAGCAAGAUGAACUGCACGCGCAUCUUCAACCUCUUCUGUCUCUAUGGUAACAUUGAGAAGGUGAAGUUCAUGAAGAGCGUGCCUGGAACGGCUCUGGUGGAGAUGGGCGAUGAGUACGCGGUCGACCGUGCCAUCACACAUCUUAACAGUAUCAAAGUCUUCAGCAAGAGGCUUAACGUGUGUGUGUCCAAACAACACGCAGUUAUCCCCAGCCAGGUCUUUGAGCUGGAGGAUGGUACGAGCAGCUACAAAGACUUCGCCAUGACUCGCAACAAUCGCUUCACCAGUGCUGGGCAGGCGUCCAAAAACAUCAUCCAGCCUCCUUCAUGUGUGUUGCACUUCUACAACGUUCCUCCCUCCAUCUCUGAGGACGACCUGCAGAGGUUAUGCACAGAACAGGAUGUGCCGGGCUUCAUCAAGUAUAAAGUGUUUGAUGCCAAACCGAGCUCCAAAACCAUCUCCGGCCUCCUGGAAUUUGACAGCAAAACCCACGCAGUGGAAGUACUGACAGUACUGAAUCAUUACCAGAUCAGAAUACCCAACGGCUCCAAUCCCUACACCCUGAAGCUGUGCUUCUCCACCUCCUCCCACCUCUGAACCGGAGCAGCAGACGCACACUUCACACCAUUGCGCUGUUUACACUGGAUGGAGAUGACGGGAAGAGAAAGCUACAAGAGCGUGAGAAAAGAAAAGCAAAGUGAGCGGGAUGACACACACAGUCAACUCCCUUAGCAUGAGAACUUCAAGCGCAAAACACUCAAGAAUCGUUUCCUCUUUUUUUUUCUCUCUUUUUUUAAAGACUCUAAAAUUUUCUCAUCACAAUCUGGUAUAACCAGAAACUGACGACUUUAUGAUAAUGAUGUCAUCUCACUGAAACUGAAUUUUCCAUGGGCAAAAAAAAAGAAACGGAACAUGGACGACUUUUUAAUUUGUGUGUUUUUGUCUUUAUCGCUUCUUUGAAAUGGUUAAAACAAACUGUGUGCUGCAGAGAACACACAAGGUACAAAGACAUUAACGUACGAGUUACUGUUAUGCUGACGAAAACGAUGUGGAGAAUAGACGUAAAAGAGUGUAAUGAGAGGUGUGUGUGUGUGUGUGUGUAUGUGUGUGUGUGUGUGUAUGUGUGUGUUGACAUAAAGAGAGACAUUGAAGUAUCUGGCAAACAAGGAAACUGUUUAUAGACUGUAAUUUAGGUUCUUCUGUAAUAUUGUCGUGUAUAGAUGCCAAGGCAUGGAGAAUUUUGAGAAUUACUAGCACACAAGGUGGCCUUAUAAGCCUUUAGGUUGAGGUUUGAGCAAAAAUGUUUAGUUGCGGUACUAGUUUUGCUAGUCGGGAUCAUGUACUGAAGGCUUUAUUAGAUUUAGGCAUCUGAGAGUCUCUGCUUUAACGGGUGAUUAGAAUAAUAUUCCUGAAAUGAUGGCAGGGGUUUGUAUGGCAUGCUGCUGCUCCACAGCUAGACCUGAGAAUCUGAAAUCGUACGUAAUCGUUACGUAACCUUUUAUCCGGCUCAAAAAUACCCAUCGACAUACAGUAAGGCACAUGUUCCAAAUGAAUUCUUUUAAAUAUGGCAAGUACAAAUUUAUAAAAUGUUUCCAAUUUAAAGAUUUGAAUCUAGCUCUGGAUCACAGUCUGUCACACAAUACGAAGAUCACGUGUGCAGUAUUCUCAGUAUAUUCUCACUCGUCCAUGUGUAUAAUUGGCACUUCACACCAUCUGCGGUUCACUGUGAGCAUGUCCAGCCAUUAAACACAUUUGCCAGUUGA